CGAGACAGCCUUCCAGCACUCCUGUUAAUACCGCGAAACCAUUGCCCGCCUCUGUUCCUCUCCAUGAGCUAUGUGAGCGGUGCAGCAACUUCUUUGGCGAAUGGCGGGCUCUAACAUGGCUGCAAGAACACAGAGAACACGACAACACAUCCUGGCCUAUUUUACGUCUUUGCACGGUAGCUCAGGCGGUUCAAUCGGCGCCACGCUGCCAUUUCUGCAAAAAACUGGUUGCUCACCUGCAGAGUCGGGUUCAAGUCCGAUUACCGCGCGUUGCUGAGCACGAGGAGGUGUAUGUGCAUUUACGCCCUUUGAAAGAGAUGAUUGAGUUUCUGGUACCGCAGCCUGGGAAGAAGAAGCCUAAUAGUCGUGAAGAGGACUUUCAGCUCGUUGCCAUGUAUAGGAUCAGGGCUUAUGAGAAUGGAAAUGCCACAGCAUUCGACAGCCAUAUCACAGCCAAACAAGUGCCACUCUGCGCUUCAGACAACAUCUCCCAAGCAAAGCAAUGGCUCCAAUGCUGUCUUACCCAGCACCAAGAAUGCCAGCGCUUCCACACCAGCACAGUUCCGAAUCCACAUCAGCGGCCCACGCGCGUACUGGAAAUCACUCCCACCACGAUCCGGCUUCGCUGCAAUCUCAAAAACGAGCCGUUCCCAUACCUCGUGCUGAGCUACAUGUGGGGCACAAACUACUCGCAGCAGCUCCGUCUCCUGCAAUCCAACGUGAGUGCCUUUGAGAAAGCAGUGCCGCGCGACCAACUCGAAGCCUCGGAUGUCUACAAAGAAGCCAUGAGAGUCACGCUCGCCCUCGGCUACAAGUACCUCUGGAUCGAUUCCCUCUGCAUCAUCCAAGACUCGGCGUCGGACUGGGCCCACGAAGCACAACGCAUGGCCGUCGUCUACGGAAACGCCACAUGCAAUCUCGCCUUUCUGUUCCCACCGCAUGCGCCAGAGAAGCCCUCGCAGCGCAGCGACCCCCGCAUCUGGAGCCCGUGUAUCCUGCGGCAUGCGAAGGGGUCCGCGCCAGCCAUCUACAUGCACGACGACACGACGAUCGAGUUCCGCAAGGAAAUCGACAACUACAGUAAACUGCGCGACUGGCUAGUGCAGCGCGACUGGCCGCUCUUCCACCGCGCAUGGACAUUCCAGGAAUACCUGCUCAGUCCGCGGACGCUGCUGCUCGGACAUGGAAAUCUCAUGUGGCACUGCUCGCACCACUUCUACGAUGAACUGCUGGGCGCGAUUGCUGCUCCCAUCGAGCCACCUACCAACACCAACACCAACAAGACUACUUCUUCUGCCGCUGACUCCAGCCCAGCUGUACUCUUCAAUCCCAAGCGCGGCAAAGACCGAGGAAAAUCCCGCUACUUCCCCACGAGCAUCCAGGCCGUCAGCGCCGCCGCCGCCACAACCAACCACGCGUUUUCCAACCCAUCCAUCCUCUCCUUCCUCACCGACUGGACAAACAUCGUAAACGAGUAUCGCGGCCGCAAGCUAUCGUUUGAAAAAGACCGCAUCAUUGCCUUCGCAGGCAUCGCAACCGCCUUCUCGCACAAAAGCAAACUGACCUACCUCGGCGGGCUAUGGGCUGAAAUCCUGCCUGCAGCCCUCCUGUGGCACGUCGACCGCAAGCCCGCCUGGCUCGUCCGCACGGAAAACAACAUCCCAGAUGGAAUCAGCAUCGCGGACGCAACGUGGACCGCGGAACUCGGAAAAGACGCCAGCGGCGCGGAUGCACUGCUGCCGCGCGAAAUACAGUCACAGCUACCCAGCUGGUCGUGGUUCGCCGUCCCGCUGUACAAGUACCACGAGACGCGGUUUCUGCUCAGCGACGACGAGCUCUUCGUGCGCUGCAAGGCGCUGAGUAGCCCGCACCUGGUACAUUGGACCGAUCUAUACAGCGCGCGGCUAGUUUCAUUUACGUUUCCGCGACACGCAGCGGGCCAGGUUCCCGCUGGCGCCACGCACAUGCACUCGUUUGGCGGCGUGCAGUUGCGCCUUGCGGCCGCGACGCUGGGCGUGCGCGACAACUGGGCUGCGCAGCUUGCGCAGCGCAUGGCGGCCAUUCGGCGCUGUAGUCCUGAAAAUGCUGAUGGCCAGAUGAGCUGGGAUCCUGUGCUGGAGUACUACGCCGACCAUGUGGGUGCCGUGUCGCCGCCCAAGAACGCCGUGUAUGCGCUGCUGGCGGAAUCCCAGGUUGUGCGCUGUGCGGGCACGAAGACGGUGCAGCGCCGGUUUGCGGGGCUGAUGCUUGUGCCGGAUGGACAGCGAGGCGGGAGCGACGAGUGCUGGACGAGGAUAGGCGUGUGGAAGUUGCGGGUGAAUGUGCUGCGUGUGAGGGUUGAGGCGGCGAACAUAGAGGCUGUGGCGGGGCGCUGGGGGGAGAGGAGCUUGAUUGAGGGUACGUGGAGACAUGGUGUGAUUACCUUGGUGUGAUGGGGGAUUGGGUAUAUUGGUGUAGG